CUGAUAGUUGCAAAAGUGUCUUAACAAAACCAACGGAGUGCAGAAUACAGCCUCAACGCAGAGAAUGAACUGGUCGUGAAUGCCAGCGAAGACGUGCAUAAACUCGGCUAACGGAGCCACAUCGGAGAAUGGAAAUGGCGGGGUAGAAAUACCAAUUCAAUUAGAGAGACGACAUGAAUAUGCACUCUCAAUCACCCACUGAACAUCACCCACCAUGGCUACAAACCUCAAGGCCGAGAUGAUGCUUUGCAUCGACGACAUCAAAUCCGCCGCGACGGCCAAAUUGCCCUUCAUCGUGCGAGAAUUCUACAGCUCCGGAUCCACGCAGCAAGUCACCGUGUCCGAGAACUCAUCGGCCUAUAAUAAAUACCGUCUCCGGCCUCGCGUCCUCGUCGACGUCUCUGGUCUGGAUAUCUCCACCACGGUGUUUGGUCAACGCAUCGCCUUUCCCCUCGGUCUCUCGCCGACCGGCAUCCAAGCCAUGGCUCACCCCGAUGGCGAACUGGCCACCAGUCGCGCCUGCGCUCGUAGAAACGUCCCCAUGGGCGUAUCCUCGUUUGCCAAUCACUCCGUCGAGGAGAUCACGCAGGCAGGUCAGGCCAUUGGUCCGGCCAUUCAUGUCAUGCAGGUCUAUACGAUGCGAGACCGCGCGAAGCAGGAACGCAUCAUCCGACGCGCAGAAGCGGCGGGCUGCAAGGCGAUUUUCUUAACGGCCGAUAGUCCGGUGUUGGGGGUGCGCUAUACAGAGGUGAAGCAUGAUUUCCGCACGCCGGCGGGAUUGUCGUUUCCGAUGAUCGAGUGGGAUUCGGAGACGAUUCAGAACCAGACGCAUGAUGCGGGAUUCGUGGCGUUUAACUCAGAUGCGCAUUCUUGGGCCAAGGAGAUUCCCUGGUUGAGGUCGAUUACGAAGAUGCAGAUCUGGAUUAAAGGCGUCUUGACGGCAGAGGAUGUUCUUCUGGCGAAACAAUUUGGCUGUGAUGGUGUCGUCGUGAGCAAUCACGGCGGUAGACAGUUGGACGGCACUCCAGCGACCCUCGAUGCGUUGCCAGAAUGUGUUAAGGCUGCUGGUGGCCAGAUCAGGGUGCAUAUCGACGGUGGCAUUCGGACUGGCAGCGACAUCUUCAAGGCAUUGGCGUUGGGGGCCGAAUGCUGUUGGAUUGGAAGGCCUACGCUGUGGGGGUUGGCGUAUGAUGGAGAGAAGGGAGUGUCUCGGGUGUUGGAUAUUCUCUACGACGAGUUUAAGCGCUGCAUGCAGUUGACUGGAUGUCGCACUCUGGCCGAUGUUUCGACGGCCUCCAUCGGCGUGCUGAGAUCGGACGGACCGCUGGCUCGUCUUUAGGAUAUAUUCAUGCCCCAGGAGCUUGGAUAGAAAUCGACAUUAGACUCAUUGCAAUCAAGGUAUUAGAACGUGAAAGAUAACAAAAACUCCAUUCACCGACACUAUGUAGGUAGAUCCUGGUAUAAAUUGUAACG